AACCCACCAUCUAUAUUAUUAUUUACUUGAUUUUUUUUUCAAACCACUCAUAUUUCUUUUACUUAUUUUUAUUUUCAUAGAAAACUUUAUGUCCCACCAAAUAGGAAAAAGAAUUCCAAAGACAGAAGGUAGCUAUUAAACAGAAAGGCAGAGCAAUGUUUUUAGAUACUAGCCAGAAACUGCUGACCACCAAAGGCUCUGAGGCCAAAGGGCUGCUCUCUCUGAAAUGGAAACAUCAAAUAUUUAGAAGAAGGGUUAGCGGUAUCAGAAGAGGAGUUAGAGACAUAUUAGCACCCAACAGACUUUCUCCUUCAUGCCAUUAGGAGGCUGGGCAGAGACUUGCAAAAACACUUUCUCACUGUGGGAGUUAACGUUACUUAGCACUGCACCUGUGGGUCACCCCAAGCCAUCUGGCUAUAAAUGUACCCCAUAUUUGGGUUACCAUUCUUUCAUGUGUAGUUUCUGUUUUAGUCCAAUGUCUUGGAAUAAAAAUGAGAGAUGGACCACUCAUAAUCUCUGGGAAAAUUCAAGGCACUUUGGUGUGGGGCUGGGAAUAGAGGGGAGGGGAAGGAAGGGGAGUCUGGAAAGUCUGCCAAUCCCCAGCAGAGUCCCUCGGUUGUCUUGAGGCAUUUGUGGGACUCUGAUACUGGCACCAUCCUACAGAGGAUGGAAGAUAUUGGCAGCUCGCACCAGUGUGGUUCCAUUGUGGUCAUCAUCUUAGAAUGUCACAGUGCUUUAUGUCCCCCCAACAGAAAACUAACUCCCAACUUUCUGUGUUGGCCAAAUUUGGUCCACAAUAGGGAACUGAAAUUAACAUCAGAGGAACAGGAGGGCUUAAGGGCGUGUGGGCAAAUUAGAGGGUGUUCAACCACAAGAAAUCUGACAGCUUGGGGCCACCUUGCAGGAAGAGUUUUCUGUCAGUCCCUUGCUUGCUUCCUUUGCAUGCUGGCUUUGCUCACCCAGCUCCCCACUGUAGGGGGAGACAAGCUGGUGAUGAGGCUGCCUGCUUCUGAGCUGAGCACAGGAAGGCAUCCUUGGGACGGCUGGAAGGGCUGCCACCGGACUCCAGGAGCAGCUGUCCGGUUGUGCUUCCUAUACCAUGCGUUGCCUGGCUCCACGACCUGCUGGGUCCUACCUGUCAGAGCCUCAAGGCACUGGGCAGCGAGCUGUCAUGGAGUUGGGGCCUCUAGAAGGCGGGUACCUGGAGCUUCUCAACAGCAAUGCUGACCCCUGGAACCUCUACCACUUCUAUGACCAGAUGGACCUGGCUGGAGAAGAAGAGAUUGAGCUCUGCUCAGAACCCGACACAGACACCAUCAACUGCGAGCAGUUCAGCCAGUUGCUGUGUGACAUGGAAGGCGAUGAAGAGACCAGAGAGGCUUAUGCCAAUAUCGCAGAACUGGACCAGUAUGUGUUCCAGGACUCCCAGCUGGAGGGAUUGAGCAAAGACAUUUUCAUAGAGCACAUAGGAUCAGAUGAAGUGAUCGGUGAGAGUGUGGAAGUGCCCACAGAAAUGGGGCGGAAAAGCCAGAAAAGAUCCUUCCCAGAGGAGCUUCUUGCAGACCCGAAGCACCAGAAGCUGGCCGAGACCCCUGCUGUGCCCAUGGUGACUGGCAGUUUCCUGGUGGGGCCAGUGAGCGACUCUUCUGCCCUGCCCUUCCUGCCACCACCUGCACUGUUCAACCAGGAGCCAGCAUGUGGCCAGACCCACCUGGAGGAAACCCUCCAGAUGGCCAUAGCCCCCUCCAGGUCCUCGGCAAGCUGCCUGAAUCUCCCUCCUGGACACAUCCAGUUCAUCCCCACUCUCCCCACUUUGUCCCAAGGGCUCUGGCAAAUCUCAGGGGCUGGGGUGUCCAGUAUAUUCAUCUACCAGGGUGAGAUGCCCCAGGCCAGCCAAGCACCUCCUUCGGGUGGCCUUACCAUCCACAGCCUCCCAAAGUCCCCAGACCGGCCUGGCUCCACCAGUCCCUUUGCUCCUUCUGCAGCUGACUUGCCCAGCAUGCCUGAACCAGCCCUGACCUCUCACUUAGAUGGGACAGAGGGUGAAAAGUCCUGCACCCAAUGCCAGGUAGAUGAGGAGGUCUCUGGCAAGCUUGCAAAGUGGCCUGAGCCGGUGAAGCAGUUCUGUCACUCGCUGCAGGACAAGUAUCAGGCUGAGCCCGAGGGCCCUGAUGGCCUCCUGGUGCAGGUGGACCUGGUGAGGGCCAGGUUGGAGAGGACCAGCAACAAGAGCCAGGAAUGGGAGCUGGCCACUCCAGACUGGGCAGAGCGGCAGCUGGCCCCAGGGGGUCUGGCCGAGGUGCUGUUGGCAGCCAGGGAGCGCCGGCGGCCGCGUGAAACACAAAUGAUUGCCGUGUUGGGCAGGGCUGGGCAGGGGAAGAGCUGUUGCGCCCGCGCCCUGAGCCGCGCCUGGGCCUGUGGACAGCUUCCACAGUAUGACUUUGCCUUCCACAUCCCCUGCUACUGUUUGGACCGUCCUGGGGACACCUACCGCCUGCCGGACCUGCUCUUCUCCCUCGGCCCACAGCCACUGGAGGUGGAUGACGAGGUGCUCAGACACGUCUUGAGGAGGCCUGAUCGUGUUCUGCUCAUCUUGGACGGCUUCGAGGAGCUGGAGGCCCAGGAUGGCUUCCUGCACAGCACGGGUGGCCCGGCAGCCACAGAACCCUGCUCCCUCCGGGGAUUACUGGCUGGCCUCUUUCAGCGGAGGCUGCUGCGAGGCUGCACCUUGCUCCUCACUGCCCGGCCCAAGGGCCGCCUGGCCCAGAGCCUGAGCAAGGCCGAUGCCCUGUUUGAGGUGGCCGGCUUCUCCCCUGAGCAGGCCCAGGCCUAUGUGUCGCGCUACUUUGAGAACUUGGGGGUGACCGAGUACCAAGAGAGAGCCCUAGCGCUCCUCCGGGACCAGCCUUUUCUUCUCAGUCACGGUCACAGCCCUACUUUGUGCCGGGCCAUGUGCCAGCUCUCGGAGGCCUUGCUGGAGCAGGGAGAUGGGGCUGAACUGCCUGCUACGCUCACAGGACUCUAUGUUGGCCUGCUGGGCCCUACAGCCCGAGACAGCCCGCCGGGGGCCCUGGCAGAGCUGGCCAAGCUGGCCUGGGAGUUGGGGCGCAGACACCAAGGUAACCUGCGGGAAGACCAGUUCCCCUCGGUGGAGGUGAGGACCUGGGCUGUGGCCAAGGGCUUAGUGCGACCCAUCCCAGGGGCCACCGAGGCCCAGCUGGCCUUCUCCAGCUUCCUCCUGCAGUGCUUCCUCGGGGCCCUGUGGCUGGCUCUGAGCAGUGACAUCAAGGACAAGGAACUGCCACAGUAUUUAGCAUUGACUCCAAGGAAGAAGAGGCCCUAUGACAACUGGCUGGAAGGUGUGCCGCGCUUUCUGGCCGGGCUGAUCUUUCAGCCACGCACCCACUGCCUAGGAGCCUUGGUCGGCCCGGCAGCGGCUGCCUUGGCAGACCGGAAGCAGAAGGUCCUCACUAGGUACCUGAAGAGGCUGCAGCCAGGGAUGCUGCAGGCGAGGCGGCUGUUGGAGCUGCUGCACUGUGCUCAUGAGGCAGAGGAUGCUGAAAUUUGGCAGCAUGUGGUGCAGGAGCUCCCCACCCGCUUGUCCUUCCUGGGCACCCGGCUCACACCUCCUGAUGCACAUGUGCUGGGCAGGGCCUUGGAGGCAGCUGGCCGAGACUUCUCUCUGGACCUGUGCAACACUGGCAUUGACCCCUCUGGACUGGGGAGCCUCGUGGGACUCAGCUGUGUCACCCAUUUCAGGGCUGCCUUGAGUGACACAGUAGGGCUGUGGGAGUCCCUACGGCAAUGUGGGGAGACCAAGCUACUCCAGGCUGCAGAGGAAAAGUUCACCAUUGAGCCUUUCAAAGCCAAGUCCAAGAAGGAUGUGGAAGACCUGGGCAACCUUGUACAGACCCAGAGGAUGAGAAGUUCCUCAGAAGACACCACCAGGGAGCUCCCUGCUGUCCGGGACCUAAAGAAGCUGGAGUUUGCGUUGGGCCCCAACUCAGGCCCCCAGGCCUUCCCCGGACUGGUGAGGAUUCUCACAGCCUUUUCUUCCCUUCAGCAUCUGGACCUGGAUUCGCCAAAUGAGAACAAGAUUGGGGACGAGGGUGUCGCUCAGCUCUCAGCCAUCUUCCCUCAACUGAAGACCCUGGAAACCCUUAACCUGUCCCAGAACAGCAUCACUGACGUGGGUGCCUGCAAGCUGGCUGAGGCCCUGCCUUCCCUUGCUGCGUCCCUCCUUAGGUUGAGCUUGUACAAUAACUGCAUCUGCGAUGUGGGGGCCGAGAGCCUGGCUCGGGUGCUUCCAGACAUGGUGUCCCUCCGGAUGAUGGAUGUCCAGUACAACAAGUUCACGGCCGCCGGGGCCCAGCAGCUUGCCGCCAGCCUUCGGAAGUGCCCUCACGUGAAGACACUGGCCAUGUGGACACCCACCAUCCCAUUUGGUGUCCAGGAACACCUGAAACAACUGGACUCCCGGAUCAGUCUGAGGUGAUCCCAGCUGUGCCCCAAACAAGCACAUUCUCUGAGGACUCUGACUGUGCUGGACCUUGAACUGGGUACUUUUGGACACAGCCAUUUUCUGGGCUGUAUACCAGGAGCAUCAGCAUCCUGGCACCCAGUGCCUGCCAGCUCAGGGCUGGCCACUGCCUGCUGUGGAACAGAUCACAUCUUGCUCUGCUGACAGACACAAGCUCCGCUCCAGGUUCCUCAGGGCCUUGAUGGACAGGUGCCCAGUGACAGCUGCAGUCCACCCAAGAGCCCUGAGGUGUUUCCUGCAGGACACUCCAGACAGCCACUGCCAGGCCAGAGUGAGGAACUGAGGCAGCCACCUUUCUGCCCCAGCCCCUGCCAACCUGGUGAGAAAGCCCUUCUCCAUGCUGCUGUCCGUCCAGACACCUGACGGGGCAUACUUGGCGCUCUGAAGACACUGGUGGACAGCUGCCGGCCUGCUAACUCCCCAGACCACAGACCACAACAGGCUGGGUUCUGUGGCAGCUGCUUUUGUCUGUGGGACUCAUUGUUUGCACUAACUUUGUUGGCUGAGACCAAAGCCAGGCCUGGCUGAUGCACUGGGCCUUAACAGCUAAGGGUACACUAAGGGAAGGGGAGUGGCAAGGGGACAGAAGGGAACCAUAGCUUUGUUUCCUGGGUCUUUUUUCACUACAUUACAAAUGUUUCAUUUAACCUCACAGGCAGGUCCAGUGUUUGAAUUUAUACCAUGAUUACCAUUUGGGGGCACCUGCUGUCCUGGACGUCUAAUGUGUACCCCAAAAUGUAGUGGCUUAAAACAAUACACACAUUUAUUCUGCUCACACACCUGUCAUUUGGGCAGGGCUUGGUGGGGACAACUCAUCUCUGUCCCUCUCACUGUCAGCUGGGGCAAUGAAAGGGGCAGGCUGGGAUCAUCUGAGACUUGCUCCCCUAUAGAUCUGACAUGAUGGUGGCUAUUGGCUGGGAGGCCUCAGUUCCCUCUGCAUGCGGCCUAGCUUGGGCUUCCUCAUGGCAUGGUGGCUGGGUUGAAGGGCAAUCACCCAAAAAGAGAGAGAGAGAGAGACAGCAAGAGAGAGAAAGGCAAGGGGUAAAAGAGAGAGAGAGACCACAAGAGAGUAGUAUCCUCUUGAUGACUAGGCUUAGAAGUCACACUACCACUUCAGCCUUAUUCUGUUGGCCAGUGCGACCAGGCUGCCCCUCUCCUACCCACCCCCAUCACCACACAUGUGCACACACACACACACACACACAUGCACACACAUGGCAGAGUCCACCCUGGCCCAAGACCUAUCUUUUCUGAAAGGAUUUUCUCUGUGGCUUCCUAAGAUUCAGUGGAAAAUUCAUUGUUUGGGGGUCAGAAGGUUGAAGUACAGUGGGCUGUACAAAGGGGACUGUUUUCCUCUUCCUCUGACAUGAGGCUCUGUCCUGGAAGCUACUUCUUAGCCAUAUUGGAGUCUUGCCCUGGAUGCAGUGAGCCCAAGAGAGACUUGGUAGCUCUGCUUUCUACUCAGCCAGGCCAGCUCAGUGCUGGUCUUUGCCUGGGGGUGGCCUGCCUAUCCAGAGCCCCCGGAGUGAGGCAGCUCACUGUGGCCUGCUGGCAGGGGGAGCUGCUCGCUCAGCUCUGGCAUGCCAGCCCACAUGCCCACAGGAUCAGCCUGGUUUCCACACUCUGCCCCUCUUCCCAGCACACAAGAGCUGAGAAUCAGAAGGUGUGAAGGAUUCAGACCUUAGUCCCCAGGUAGGGGCAGGUGUCUUCUGCCUUGCCUGGUUCCAAAAGGUAUCAGGUGUUGCCACCUGGUUUCAGUUGUAAAUCCAAACUCUCAGGGUGUCCCUGCAUUCAUAGACUCUGUGGAGUACAUGGGACCCCAAUUUGUGAGCACCUGGUCUCUUCCCAGGGCAGGGAAUGGCAACCCCAUAAGCCAGGGAGAUACUACUGUACCCAAUGCUUUUGGUGUGUUUGGAGAUGAUGAGAUAAGAUCAGAGGCUAGUUAUUCACAGUGAUGACCUUUAAUGAGAGCUACCACUUAUAUAAUGAGUUGAUACAUGCAAAGCACUUAUCACAGUGCAAGGGAGCUACUGAGUGCUCAUAAAUAGCAGUAAAUAUGACUGUUGUGUGCAUCAUGCUAAGCUCCUCCAGGAGAGGGAUGAGAGUCCAGGAGUCAACAGCACAGACUCUUAGGUAGGUUGCCUAGGCUCAGUGGCCCGGUCACCAUUUACUCAUGUAAGUUACUUCUCUGUGCCUCAAUCUCCUCAUCUGUAAAAUGGGCACCACAGUACCUUCUUCCUAGGAUUAUGUGAAGAUUUGAUAAGCUAAUACACUGAGAAACAGUGGCUGACAUGGAGGUCAGUAUGCAUUAGCUGCAUUAUUACACAUGUUCAUGUGUUUUAUUCUUGCUUCUGCUGUAAGUGUUCUCCCAGCUCUUCACAUGGCUGGCUUCUUUUCAUUCUUCAGAACUCGGUCUAGAGGACAUCUCAGGAAGGCCUACCUGACCACCCUACUAAAUGCAGAUACCCCUCUGCCUCCACUCUUCAAUCUUCUAUCUUUUUCACACUUAUUUGUGCAACAUUUGCUCUUAUCCCAGGUUUGUGAGCUGUAAAGGGCAGGGGACUUGUCUGCUUUGUCCACUGCUGUGCCCUCAGCACCCAGCAAGGUGUGUGUACAUAGUACGUGCUCAAUAAUAAAUGCAUAAUGAAUCAUCCUCACUAUAACUUUGCUUUUUCAUUCUACAAAUAUGUACUGAGUACACUGUGGCGAAUAAGAUGUUCUUGCCCUGGUGAGUCUUCUAUUUUAGCAAAUUAAAAAAAAUAAAUCUCUCUGGCCUGUAAUCCUAGGACUCUGGCAGGCCGAGGUGGAUGGAUUGCCCUGAGCUCAAGGGUUCGAGAGCAGCCUGAGCAAGAGCAAGACCCCAUCUGUAAAAACAGCUGGGCAUUGUGGUGGGCGCCUGUAGUCCCAGUUACUUGGGAGGCUGAGGGAAAAGAAUUGCUCAAGCCCGAGUUUGAGGUUGCUGUGAGCUAUGACACCACGACAUUCUACCAAGGGUGACAAAGUGAGAUUCUGUCUCAAAAAAGGGUUGCCAGGUAUGGUUGAGCAGUCUGUGCACUGUACAAAGGCACCCAGAUGUGGGAAUGACUGGGGGCUGCAAACUAGUCUGGACUCUGUUUACUAAGCUGUGAGUCCUGGUGUAGAGCCUCAUCAGUUCAGAGUGAACAUGAAGUCAUCAUAAGAAUAAAUUACUGUCCCCAUGUUACAGAUUUAAGUGACAUUUAUAGGUCACACCCCCAGAAAGGAAGGAAUCAAGGUGUUAACUAGACCUCUGACUGCUUUGGAGGAUCUCUCUGUGGGCAUGGGCAUGGUAUAAUGGACAGUGAAGCGAUGCUCAGAGGACUGAGGGUGUGGCGGCAGGGUCCCACGACCAUGUGCCUUCUGAGCCCUCGUCUCUCCCCUCAGGCCUCUCUCCUGACACAAAUGUCCCCAUUCCAUGCACACCUUUCCCCUUGGGCCUUUCAAGUGUCUUCUUUUCAUAUUUCUUAUCAUCCCUUUCCUUAGAACCACAUGGAGACAAGUGGCACUCCUACUGUCUUUCCGCUAGGAUUCUGCCGCACCUGUCCUCUCCCACACCGCAGUCCCACCUGUGGAAUGGAGUUAAUCAUGAGAACCUUGCUUAACUUGGUAUGUAUGGGAAGGUGCUUUGCAGAUCAAGUGUUCUGUUUGACUGGAGAGGAUUACCAUUUCCCCAUGAAACUGCAAGCUGACCCAGUUUCACUUAUUUAUUCCUUCCCUCCCUCCCUCGUUCUCAUCUUUAACAAAGGUCUAUCAUGUACCUGGCACAGGGGAUAUACAUUUCAACUUCUAUGGGAUUCAGGCCAUGUUUCCAGUUUGGCCACCAGGCUUUCCCCACCACACUCUGAAAGCUGUCCCCUGGCUUGCUGAGCUUGUGGGAGCUGGGCGGGGGGCAGUGUAGGA